AUGGGCCCAAGACUUGGUUCCAUAACAGGCACCCUGGCCGCUCUCUCCAUUCUACCAUCAUCCGCCUCCGCACUUCCCUUCGGCGUACAAAUCUACUCAUGUACAACACCCGGCGUCAUCGCCCCCGCUUUCGACGACGGACCAGGAGUUUACUCUGCAGAUAUCCUCGACCGGAUGGAAGUCGCGGGCUUCAAAGCGACGUGGUUCAUCAAUGGAGAGAAUAGGGGCAGUAUAUACGAUCACAAUGCGACGCUACGCCGGAUGGUGGAUUUGGGGCAUCAGAUUGGGUCGCAUACAUGGAGCCACGCGAACCUCUCCUCCCUCACCCCCACCGCCAUACGCAGCGAGAUGACUCUCCUCGAAGACGCCAUGCUGGAUAUCCUAGGCUUCUUCCCGUACUACAUGCGCCCGCCCUUGCUCUCUGUGAACAGCCAGGCACUGCGUGUGCUGCAAGAACUUGAAUACCACGUCAUCAUCGGGGAUCUGAAUACCAAAGACUGGAAGUAUCAGACCAAGGAAACGGUUGGGGAGGCGAAGCGGCUUUUUGUCGAGGGCCUGGAGAGGGGGGAGAGUAUUGUUGAGGCGCAUGAUCAGGAGCUUUGGACGCAGGGGGAGUUGAUUGAUUAUAUGAUUGCGGUUGUGAGGGAGAGGGGGAUUAAGAGUAAGUUGGCAACUCCAGCCCCGUGCAUCGAGAAAAGAACUUUGACUGAUGAAUGA